GUUACUUAUAAACCCGCGUAGAUCGCUUAUUGCUUGCAUCGGUGAGACCGGGGAUAUAUCAGUAAUUUUGCGGCAAUACAGGAAAUAAUAAACGGCAAAAGUGAUCGAAUAUCCCGGACGUCCAAACCUCGAAUGAUUUCCAAAAAGGACAAAUACACAGCAUCAAAGCAUCAAUUUGGGAAUUGAAGACUGAUCUUUACAUCGCCAGCUGCGUUUAAAAAAUACUUCUUAUACAUCAAAGCAAUAGCUAUUGGUCAUAAACAACAUCUAAAGAUAUAUAUUCAUUUCUGAAAUUUACAUAAAAGACAUUGGAAAGACUACUUUACAAUAGAACUGAAUCAAAAAAUAUACUGUCAGAAUGGAACAUUUACUUGCUGCGUUCCUUGCGCUCAUCUGUGUUACGACAAUAUCGGGAAAUCCCGCCUACAACCCAGGAAGCAUGCUUGGAUUGGAGGAAGAUGCCACAGAAUUCCAUGAACAAAGAAAAUUAGAAGAAACAAAAGAAUAUGAAGAAGAAAACGAGAUAGAUCCGAGACUGACACAACAAUACUCUGAGAACAGCAUUGGUCCGUACGAAUGUUCCACCCAUAUUCAAUGUGUGAACGAUGGAACUUGUGUGACGACUGGAAGUGGAAAAAUAUGCAACUGCUCUAGUGAAUAUUUGGGGCCAUAUUGUGAUUAUUCGGCAAGCUCAAUUGACAAAGCUUUGAGAGUGCAUCCGCUAUUCAAAGUAUCAUUUGCUGAAUGCAUGACGAAGGCAGGAAAAACUGCUGGAAUAAAUGCGCUUGGUCUACUUGAAAAAUGCGGUGGAGGACAGAACAUGUGCUGGUUACACGAAGGCGGAGUUAAAGGACUUAAAUGCUUUUUCUGGUGCUUGACUAAUGGAAUGCGAUUAUCAUUGACCGAAGCAAAACCGAGUGAAGAGUCACGGCUUUCGCUAUACAAAGAAGUGUUUCAAAAAUUUUCUCGUGAGCGACAUCUACCGGAGAAACCGAAGCAACAUCGCCCAAGAGGGGUCCCGGUCGCAUCUCUCCAAAUCAACCUAUAUGAUACAUCUAACCAAGACUAUCCAUACCCGAAACAUGGUACAUUUGGAUUGCCGGAAAUUAGCAUAAAACCGAGUGUUUCGUUCUGGACUCCUAACUAUAAACCAGACACGUACGUACCUAAAGGCCAGCCGUACGGAUCACCGUAUGCCUCAGAGAAAGGACGAGAUCCGAUCUACGAACCCUCUGAAGAAAAUCCUUUUAGGUAUCCUAAAAGUCACGAAAUUACCGCAUCUGAACCGAGUGACGACAACGAUGAAAUGAGCUCUGUUGACGAGAAGGGGUUAAAUAAUUUUAUCUGGGAGGUACAUACAUAUGGCACAGAAGACUCCCAUGAAGAUCAGCAUAAGGAUUCUCAAAAAGAGGAACCCCCACUAGAAGAAGCACCGGGCAACAACUUUUUGAAUGACGCAGUGCAUGACGUCAUGCUGGACAUUUACGACAGUAAUGUCGUCGAAGCUAGUGAUGAUAAUGACGACAUAGUUGACGAUACCGAAUUCGUGUCAUCGCCAUAUGAUGGACCAUUUCCUUACCACGACGAAUCGUCUAAUAUGCGAGAAGGGCCUCCGACAGAAUAA